GCCCCGGUCUCGGCCCCGGCCCCGCGACGCCCGCACCUGCCGUUGACCGCGGCGAGUCGAGGCACCCGAGACAAGGUGGGCGCCCGAGCCUGCGCCGCCCGCCGCUCCCCGGCCCUGGGAUGCCCCCGUUGCCCCAGCCCCCGAGGCCACUGUCGAGGAAUCCCCGCAUCCAGCGGAGGCGCGCAGGGCCCGAGGGAGGAGGAGCGCAGCCUCAGCGUCGGGACUGGAGGACAGUUGCCCCGGGCCCCGAGCCGGAGACUACCCUGACCCGACCUAGGAGGAAGCGAGGAAGGCUUGUAACGGGAAAAUUUUAGUUGUUGCUUGCAGAAGAAUUAGGGGACCCCCUCCCCCCUACACACUUCAUUCUCAGCACCACCUGUGGCUAAGGCGCUCAACACGAACUGUCCCGGGGCAUUUUCGUGGGCUGGUUUGAAUCCAUUGCGGUGAUUUCUGGGUUUCCCCAUCAUCUCUUAUCUCCUCAUGUUAGGGAGUCACCAGAAACCCGGCUUUAUCAUGGCUACCGAUCUGGGUUCUCCAGAGCCAACCGACGCAAGAGGAAGAUGCGUCUGGAGCACCUUGCGUGUCUGGGGGUGGCGUGGGGCUUCCCAGGUAGUGAGGAUCCUGAUGAUUACAAGAGAGGUGCCUGGGCCUGAGCAGUGACUCGGCCUUUACAUUCAGUAGGACACUAGGGAGAAAUCCCAACCUGCUCUAAUCUUAAAUGAGCUUGAAUAUCCUAAAUGUUACCCACAAGCCCUGACGGUAGUGUGUGCGCAAUUUCAGUCGCUGAAUUCAAUAAAAUGAGGGUAAACAAAGGUAAUAUUUAUACGGCACUCAGUCUUUGUUCAAUGACCUUUCAUGUAUUGAUUCCCAUUCUCACAACUUCUACGAUACAGAUGUUAUUACCCCAUAAUACAAAUGACGAAACUGAGGCACGAAUUAAGGGCUUUGCCAGAGGACCCGAGAACUGGCAUAAGGACUUCCCCAUUGCCAAGGGAGAGCGCCAGUCCCCUGUUGACAUUGACACCAAAGCAGCCCUUCAUGACCCUGCCCUGAAGUCUCUGUGUCCUUCCUACGAGCAAGCGGUUUCUCGGAGGAUCCUCAACAAUGGUCACUCUUUCAAUGUGGAAUUUGAUGAUUCCCAGGACAAAGCAGUGCUGAAAGGAGGACCCCUCACUGGCACUUACAGAUUGAUUCAGUUUCACUUUCACUGGGGUUCAUCCGAUGGGCAAGGUUCUGAGCAUACUGUGGAUAAAAAGAAAUAUGCUGCAGAGCUUCACUUGGUUCAUUGGAACACCAAAUAUGGGGAUUUUGGAAAAGCUGUGCAGCAACCUGAUGGACUUGCUGUUUUAGGUAUUUUUUUGAAGAUUGGUGAUGCCAGACCAGGCCUACAAAAAGUCCUCGAUGCACUGGAUUCUAUAAAAACAAAGGGUAAGAGUGCUGACUUCACUAACUUUGACCCUAGUGGCCUCCUUCCUGAAAGUUUGGACUACUGGACCUACCUAGGCUCACUGACCACUCCUCCCCUUCUGGAAUGCGUGACCUGGAUUGUGCUCAAGGAGCCCAUCAGUGUUAGCAGUGAGCAGAUGCUGAAAUUCCGUAGGCUUAAUUUCAAUAAGGAGGGCGAGCCUGAGGAACUGAUGGUGGACAAUUGGCGCCCGGCUCAGCCACUGCACAACAGACAGAUUAAAGCAUCCUUCAAAUAAGAUGGCCCCAGAGCCCACGGCCCAAGAGUGGAUCUUUGGGCUUCCCCUUAGCUAAGCACAAAUCUACCUUGGUGAAUGGACCUUGGCUGCUUUGCAUCUGGUUUUCUAGAUCCUUUAUCUCUCACCUGUUGUGCUUAUUAGUAAAAUGUGAAAAACUUGACCAGUUGUCGAGCUUGACCGAAUUGCUGUGACUAGAGCUUUGCUUAUGGUAAUAGCCUUUCUGUACUAGAGAAUAUAAUAUAAGGAGUAGGCAAAAAAAACAUCUUGACUUUGUUCGUAGCACAUGGGGUGAUGAGCACUGACAGUUGUUCACAAAAAUGCUAACUUUAAAACAUAGGAAAGUAGGAUGAUUGAGUGCAAAUCCAUGCCAUGAGAUAAAUUGAGCUCUGUAAUGUAAAUCAGGUGAAAUAGUCAUGAUUCUAUGUAAUGUAAAUCAGAUGAAAUAAAUGUUCAUGAUUCUGAGAUGUUAUAUUAAAGAAAAAAAUUUUAAAUUCUUAUAUAUUUGUAGCAAUGUUAUCUUGAAAAUGAAUUAUGUUGUAAUUUAGUGUCUUUCGAAUUACAGAGAUGUAUAUGAAGUAUUAUCUGUAAAAAUUGUUAUAGUUGUGAUACAGAGUAUAUUUCCAUUCCAAUAAUAUAUAACUUAAUAAAUAUUGUAUUUUAGAUAUAUUCUUUAAUAAAAUUUAGACUU